UUUUUUUUUUUUUUUAACUAAACCUUUGACACCGCAUUGCGACUUUCGACAAAACUAAUCAUCUUGCCAACUUCUCUACAGGGCGAGCCAACGCAAGGAACCCUGCACUAUCACCAUGUCUGCCAACCAGGAUCAGAAUGCCGCUUGGCCUAUCGCCGACCCGACCCUCACGCAAGAAAUCCUUGACCUCGUGCAACAAGCUGGCCAUGCUCGACAGCUGAAGAAGGGAGCCAACGAGGUUACCAAGACUCUGUCUAGAGGUAUUGCUGAGAUCGUGGUUCUUGCUGCGGACACUACGCCGCUCGCCAUCCUUCUCCAUCUUCCCUUGCUUUGCGAGGAUAAGAAUGUGAUCUACUGCUACGUGCCCAGUAAGAUUGCACUUGGCCGUUCAUGUGGUGUCAGCCGAGCUGUCAUUGCAGCCUCGAUUACUACGAACGAAGCAAGUGAUCUUGCCAACCAGAUCCGAAGUCUGAGGGACAAGAUCGAGCGCUUAAUGAUUUAAGAUACCCCAGAGUCAGGACAGGAAUUCAGGGCGUUGCAUAGGAAACAUGUAAAGGCUAUAAAAAGUCUAUACGGGUAGGCGGCUUUAGGAAAGGGUAUGCAGAGAUAGAAAACAGAUCCGCAUCAUCCAACCUCCAGAGCUUGGAAGCUGCAAUGUCUACUUUAUAAUGAUGCUAUUUCGUCCGCCUUCUUCAUUGGCUCAAAGUUGCUUCCCUGUGCCGCUUCAGCUUCAAGGUUCCAGCCUAUAAGAUUUGAUGCUGUACAUAUAUGGCAUGCAUUAAUAUCAAAGUACCCCAA